UGUUUCUGCCCAUAAAUCGGGAUGCCAGCUGUUAAAGUUUAAACCCGGUUAAAAAUAAUAGUGUAACUACACAAGAUGAUCCGCAACGUAGUGGUGGGCGUGUCUGGCGGAGUAGACAGCGCCGUAACCGCCCAUCUGUUGCGGGAAAGAGGAUUCAAUGUCCUGGGAGUCUUUAUGCGAAACUGGGACGAAAUGGACGAAGUGGGUCGCUGCAGCGGGGAGGCGGAUCUGAAGGACGCGGAGUGGGCGUGUCGUCGGCUGGGUGUGGACCUGACCCAGGUGAACUAUGUGCGGGAGUACUGGUCGGCGGUAUUUACCCAAUUCCUGGACGACUACCAACAAGGAAUGACUCCAAACCCGGAUAUCCUGUGCAAUCGGCACAUCAAGUUCGACCUUUUCCAUAAGCACGCUUUGGAGAAUCUGGGUUACGAUGCCGUUGCGACUGGUCACUAUGCCCGUAACAGCUUAGGCAAUUUUCUGGAGGGGCUUUCCUCAGGAAAGGAAGCCCGCCUGCUCAUACCAGCCGAUACAUUCAAGGAUCAGACUUUUUUCUUGGCGGGAAUACCGCGAAAAGCCCUGCAACGAACUAUGUUCCCUUUGGGGGAACUACAAAAGAGUCAGGUCAAGGAAUUGGCCACCAAGAUCGGACUUCAACGAUUGGCCGCCAAGAAGGAGAGUACGGGCAUCUGUUUUGUGGGCAAGCGCAAUUUUAAGGAGUUUAUACAGGAGUACAUCACCUCCAAAAAGGGACACUUUGUGGACAUUGACACUGGUACUGUCGUUGGCGAACAUACUGGCAUCCACCAGUGGACUGUGGGUCAGCGCUGCCGGCUAAAUUCCUUCCUGCAGCCCUACUUUGUGGCUAGAAAAGAGGCCUUCAGCAAUACUAUCUUUGUGGCGUCUGGCCACAAUCAUCCCUCCCUGCUAAGCACUCAGAUUCAUGUCGAUUCACCAAACUGGCUUUGCUCGAAGUCCCAAAAGAAGCUUUUGGACACCGGCAACUUGCGAUGCCGCUUCCGUUUUCAGCACACCAAACCCUUGGUGGACUGCCACCUAAGGAUCUGCCCGGAAAACCGCUUCCAAGUCCAGUUGGAUGCUCCAUUGAGAGCAAUUACGCCCGGACAGUACGCUGUGUUUUAUGAUGACAGUGCUUGUUUGGGUUCAGCACGCAUUUUCAGCGCCGAUCCUAUUAAAGAAUGCCUAGAGGCACAGCACUCUAAAAUUCGAAAACUAGUAAGCUGAUGAUUGGAAUUUAUGGCACAAAUCGAUACGAAAUAGAAUACCUGCGUGAUUACUUUCUAAAUAAAUGUACAAAGCCAAACCUUUUAAGCAAUUUUAA